AUGCAAACCCAAUUCAGCGCCGGGUUCGCAACAGCCGAGCAGCCCGGCAGUUCCCCCGCGCCUUUGAAAGUGACAUUGAGACUGGAAACAAAGCUAAAAGGGGGCCCUUCCCAUGGCGUCUUGGAGUGCUACUCGCCGUAUAAAUGCAUCGAGCCCUUCGCAGUAUCGCUUUCCCUCGAACUUACCACCGUGCAGCUGUUAAAUAUCUGUGGCGUCGCCCUUGGAUGGGGGAUCCAGGUGCUGGAUGCAGCACGCCUGCGAGAACGAACGGAAGAACCUUCCAGGGAGAGAGUGUCUGUCAUUCCUGCCGACCUAUCGCAAGGCGGAUUUCCCCUUAGGUCCGCCCUCCGGGGGCGUGCCCCUGGAUUGCGCCCUGGUAGGGGUACCUGCGACUGCAUCUUCCAUCGGCCGUGUUGGAGCUGGCAGCGGGCCGCACUGUUAGCGGAUCUCCGGCUUUUGACCCGGGCGAAGGUCCUGCUUCCGAGCCGGUGGCUUGCAGCCCGGGGCCUGCCACGGCUUGGCUCGGCUCGGCAGGCAGGCAGGCAGGCAGCUCGCGGGCUCGGCGGGGCUUUCUCGCCUCUCGCGGCCCAGCGGGGGCAGCGCCGCUCGCCCGAGUGCGCGAGUCCCACGUGUCGGUGCGUCUCGUUGCUUGCAGAGCCGGCCUUCGGGGAGGUGAACCAGCUCGGCGGGGUCUUCGUCAACGGGCGCCCCUUGCCCAACGCCAUCCGGCUCCGGAUUGUGGAACUAGCCCAGCUGGGCAUCCGGCCGUGCGACAUCAGCCGGCAGCUGCGCGUCUCGCACGGCUGUGUCAGCAAGAUCCUGGCCCGCUACAACGAGACGGGCUCCAUCCUGCCGGGGGCCAUCGGGGGCAGCAAGCCGCGCGUGACCACGCCGACGGUGGUGAAGCACAUCCGGACCUACAAGCAGCGGGACCCCGGCAUCUUCGCCUGGGAGAUCCGCGACCGGCUGCUGGCCGACGGCGUGUGCGACAAGUACAACGUGCCCUCGGUCAGCUCCAUCAGCCGGAUCCUGCGGAACAAGAUCGGCAACCUCUCGCAGCAGAGCCACUACGAGACCUACAAGCAGCACCACCAGGCGGCCCCGCAGACCGCGCUGCCCUACAACCACCUCUACUCCUACUCCGGCUCCAUCGGCGGGGCCGGCGCGAAGGGGCCCAGCCCGCCGGGCGUGCCGGCUCUGCACAGCGCCGUCCACAUGCCCCGGACCUGGCCCUCCUCCCACUCCGUCACCGACAUCUUAGGCAUCCGGUCCAUAACAGACCAAGUUAGCGACAGCUCGCCCUAUCACAGCCCCAAGGUGGAAGAGUGGGGUACCCUCAGCAGAAGCGGCUUCGCGACCGCCGCUCAGCACGUAGCGGUGAACGGCCUGGACAAGGGCUCGCUGGAACCAGAGGCCAAGUACAGCCAGGCACCCAGCGGUCUUCCAACUGUUGGAAGCUUUGUUUCUGCACCAACAAUGGCGCCUUACCCCACAGCAGCCCAGGUGUCCCCUUACAUGGCCUACAGUGCUGCUCCAUCUGGUUACGCAGCGAGUCACGGCUGGCAGCAUGCUGGGGGCACCCCACUUUCGCCCCACCACUGUGAUAUCCCUGCAUCACUGGCUUUCAAGGGCAUGCAGACAGCCAGAGAAGGUAGUCACUCCAUCACGGCUUCUGCACUCUGA